GGUUUAGCCCAUGGGACUAUGAAAGUAGUAACAAGGGGCAAUCGGAGUGUAACCACACUGCCAUUGGUCUUGACAAUUAUUUUGAAAGGUAGAUUUCCGGAUGUACAAAACGUAUGCAUCCGGUAGUGAUUCCGGGUCCUCCUUCACACGUAGACUUCAGGGAACAGCGCCGAUACUCCGCUUCAAACGGUCUCUAUCUUCACCAAAAUGCCUCUUAAGUUUGAACUGUGUCCCGGGAGAAUGAUCGGGGGCUCCCACCCCUGUUUCAUCAUCGCAGAGAUUGGACAAAACCACCAAGGAGACAUCGAAAUUGCCAAGAAAAUGAUUAAGAUGGCAAAGGACUGCGGGGCCGACUGUGCCAAGUUCCAGAAGAGUGAACUGGAGCACAAGUUCAACAAGCUAGCUUUGGAGCGACCCUACAACUCCAAACAAUCCUGGGGUAAAACCUACGGAGACCACAAGCGCCACCUGGAGUUCAGCCAUGAGCAGUACAGGGAGCUGCAGAAGUACGCCGAGGAGGUCGGCAUCUUCUUCACGGCGUCGGGAAUGGACGAGAUGGCGGUGGAGUUCCUCCAAGAGCUGAACGUGCCGUUCUUUAAGGUCGGCUCCGGAGACACCAACAACUUCCCCUACCUAGCCAAAACCGCCAAGAAAGGGCGGCCCAUGGUGGUGUCCAGUGGGAUGCAGUCUAUGGAGACCAUGCGACGCGUCUACAAGACGGUCAAAGAGCACAACCCCAACUUCUGCAUCCUGCAGUGCACCAGCGCCUACCCCCUGGACCCCGAGAACGUCAACCUCCGAGUCAUCUCCGAAUACCAGAAGGAGUUCCCGGACAUUCCCAUCGGAUAUUCGGGCCAUGAGUCUGGGGUCAGCAUCACGUUGGCGGCGGUGGCGUUGGGCGCCAAGGUGGUGGAGCGUCACGUGACCUUGGACAAGACGUGGAAGGGCAGCGACCACGAGGCGUCGCUGGAGCCCGCCGAGCUGGCCGAGCUGGUGCGCUCCAUCCGCCUGGUGGAGAAGUCCCUUGGCACCGGGGUCAAGAUGAUGCUGCCCUGCGAAAAGGCCUGCCACGACAAGCUGGGGAAGUCGGUGGUGGCGCGGGUCCACGUGCCCAGCGGCACGGUGCUCACUCUGGACAUGCUGGUGGUGAAGGUGGCCGAGCCCCGCGGCGUUCCCCCAGAGGACAUCUUCCAGCUGGUGGGCAAGGCUGUGCUGGAGGAGCUGGAGGCGGACCAGAGCGUCACCCCCGACCUGGUGGACGGCUACGGCAAGCGGGCCAAGUGCUGAGGAGGGCCCGCUAGGACCAGGAGGGGGGGGGGGGGUAUGGUUACUGUAGAUGUGUCCGUUAUGGGGAAGGUGGGGGGGGGGGGGGGGGGGGAUUCAAUACACCACCACCCUCCCACUGUUGCCAAUUCCACUGUUGCUCUGGUCACAUGACCAGAAGUUGGUCUAGUCGAGACAACUUCAGAUCUUUACUUUACAAUGAAUGUGUCUUUAGGCAGAAUCUCUUUUAUGAAGGCUACCUCUGCGUUGUGCUCUUGCACGUGUAUAACGAUCACACCCAGAGCUGUAUUGGAGAUUAACUAGCUGUGAGCACUGGUGUAAUGUUGUGUCAUCUCCUACCACCAGGUGAUGAUGAUUGCGACUCUGAUACUUUCGUGUCUUCACAGACACUAUGUCUUUAUAAAGCCUUAGUCAAAAAUACGUUUAGAUAACAUCACACUCCUUAAAACCACAUCGUCAAAAGUCUUCUUCCAAUCUGUUUCCAACGUACUACGUACUUAAAUUAUGAUCCUCCUCACCUGCCUUCUAAACUUUCGGCGACAUUAUGAAAGGAAAAUAAAAUGUAGGAAAGUUGUGCGUGUUUGACGUCGGCUGUGAGCCACUGGGUGAACUGGAUCUGUAAUGCCGUAUUGUGCCACCAAGUGGUGAUGCUGUAUUGCCUUUGUAUGCAUGGGUAAAAACGCCAAUAAAUCUCUUUCCCUCCAUCCUUCCUGAGUAACUGAUUCUUU